UCAAAUCAUUUCCUCCUUCCGGUAGUCUCGGGGAGUGGUGCAAACAGGUCCCGGGAAGUUUUCCUCAAAAGACGAGAAAAUUGUCACAUCUAAUUGUUCUACUUUGACAGGGAAACCUCACCACAUAACCAAAGAUGAUUCUACUGGAAAUAAAGAACAGAAUAUUAGAGGAAACAUUGCUAACCAAAUUUGAGAAUGCUAAGGCCGGGGGUAAGGCAGACAGCACUGACAUCAUCAUGGCAGAUUAUGAUGGAGUCACAUACCACAUAUCAAAUUUUGAAGGGCAGAAAACUAAGUUGAGGAUCAGCAUUUCUCUCAAGUUCUACCAGGACCUUCAAAAACAUGGAGCAGAUGAGUUGCUUCAGAGAGAAUACGAAGGUCUGAUCAUUGACACAGAGGAUGGCUACAAUGUCUCCCUUCUUUAUGACCUGGACAACCUGCCUGAAGAUGUUGCUGCUUUCGCAGCAAAGGGGGCGCUGUUGAAGCGCAAUUGCUUCGCUUCGGUCUUCGAGAAAUACUUUGACUUCCAGGAGAAGGAAAUCUCUGGCCAAGAGAGGGCAGUAAUCAAGUAUCGAGAUGACGAGACCAUGUAUGUUUCUGCUGAGAUGGAUCGUGUAACUGUCGUGUUCAGCACAGUCUUUAAGGACGAUGAUGAUGUCGUUUUUGGCAAAGUCUUUAUGCAGGAGUUCAAGGAGGGUCGACGAGGUAGCCAGAAUGCCCCCCAGGUUCUCUUCAGCCACAAGGAACCUCCUCAGGAACUUGCAGGUACAGAUGCAGCAAUCGGAGAUAACAUCGGAUACAUCACAUUUGUUUUGGAGCCACGUCACACCAAUCGUAAUAACCGUGAUAACACUAUUAACUUGAUCCAUCUCUUCCGAGACUACCUUCACUACCACAUCAAGUGUUCCAAGGCCUACAUCCACACUCGUAUGCGAGCACGCACCUCAGAUUUCCUGAAAGUCCUCAACAGGGCACGACCAGAGCACUCAUCAAAAGAAAAGAAAACAAUGAGCGGGAAGACGUUUGUCCGAAACUAGAAACCUGCGCAAGAAUAAGCAAGAAAUGCAGAACUAUUUGCUCUCUGGGAGUAGGAAGGACUUUUUUUUAUUAUUAUCACAUUAAAACAAGAAGGUAUAGCAUUGGACCAGUGUGGUCAUUCCUUGUUAUGGUCAUUAUACCUUGUUUCCUGUUAAAUUAUACUUUUACAAAAGAACACCCAAACUUUUACUAGCAUGCAGGUUCAAUUUGCACACAGCUCAAGUAGUACAUUUAAUGGAAAUUGCCUAAUAUUUAUCAACCUCUGCAUGAAGAGUAUUUUGAUUCUGAUCAGUUUGGCCAAACAAACUCAUGCAAAAGAAUUCUAAUGAAAAAUAUUUGUUCUAAGAAGAGUUGUUUCUUCCAGGCAUUUACAUUUUGGAAGUAGAAAUUGAAGUGUGUCACAGUUUGAUCCAAAACACUCUCGAGAUUCCAUUUUUUCACUCUCGCAAUGUACAGUUUAAUUCAUUAGUGUUUGAUAUUUUGUGGUUCAGUUUUCAUUAUGUGUACUCCAAGUGUAUAUUGAAGUGGUUUUUGUUAACAUGAACGACACCAGGGUCCAAUGCUGUACCUUCUCAAUAAAUAUAAAAAUUAAAGUCACUUUUGUAAAUCGUAAGCGUAACCUAGAUGCAUCAUCCGGCCUUAAUCUAGCAGGAACCGAUUAUGAAGCUGCCACAUUUUUUUGUCUGAAAUGAAGCCUUAGACCUUUAAUUGUAGCCUCUUUGAAAACUUUCAUUAAGUUUUAAUUGAAGCUUUGCAUGGUGUGGAAAAUAAGAAGUAACUAUUACUAGUAAACUUCCAGAUACUAGGUGUAAAUAUUUUUGGGGAGGAAUAUUGGCUCUGUAAAGAGUGUGCUCUUCUCAGAUCCAACACUCCUACCAAAAGACAUUUGUAUAAGGUUGUACCAGCAAGUUUACUCUAGCUAUAGUCACUUCUUGAAGUUGACUUUAUCCACAAAGAACUUUGGGGUCAAAACCAAUGAAUGUACUGUUUUACCAGAGAGACAGGCAAAAUAAGUAGCUGUUUUUAAUAAUUGAAAUUGGUAAGCUUAAUAAUUUUUGCUAAAUAAAUUUAUCAUGACAAACUACUGUUAUUGAAAUAUACUUCAAACAUUUUGGCUUAUUAUUAUUAUUGUUUUUAACCCAAACUUCUCUAAGGUGAAUCAUAGAUGUUCUUCUGUAAAAUCCAUUAAUAUAUUAAGAUAUUAGUUGGUUCAUUUAGGAUGUGGACAUUAUGAAGAUUGACGAUACAUCAUGUUGCUAUUGGAGACCUCUUCAGUCACUAGGUGGCAGCAGGCUUGUACUUAGAAAUGUCGUUUCUUAAAAAAAUUCUUUCACUUAGCCUUAAUGAUGUAAUUUCAUUUGGAAAAAAUGAAUAAUUAUUAUUAUUUUUUUUUCUUUUAAAGGUCAGUCCCGUUAUGUCCAAACUGGGGUUAAUUUAUUGUAUUAGCCUGGCAGCAAUAAAUGAUAUACAUGUAAACAUAA